AUGAGUGUCUUCUCAUUAGGGGAUUUGCCCACUAUUCAGACCCGGAAGGCUUUGUUAUUGCUUGACUUUCAAAAUGACUUUGUCCGUCCCUUCGGCGCUUUACAUAUCCCGAAUACACCAGAUAUACUCGAAAUCCUCCCACAACUGGCAUCUGCAUUUCGUCGUGUCGGCGAUGUAGUUUGGGUGCGCUCACAAUAUGAAUCCCCUCAGACAAUCAUUGACUGGAACUUCGGUGAUCGUAUUGUCCUGGACAGACAGCCACCGCGCCGAAAGCAGAUGCCCGCUUCGGAUAUAAUUGAAGUCGGGUCGAAUCGUGAUUCGCCCAAACCUGUCGACCCAGAAGCCUUUCUCUCCGCCGACUCUUCGCCAUGUUGCGACCCGCGUACCCCUGGAUAUCAGUUCCCCGCACCGAUUUUAGCCGCGAUCAACUCCCAGCAUGACACGGUGGUGGACAAAACGGGAUACUCCGCCUUAGAGUCUCCCGGCCUAGUACUAUCCUUCAGAACACACUUUGUGACCGAAUUGUACCUUUGUGGCUCAUUGUCCAAUGUUUCCGUGUUUGCGACGGCUCUGGAUGCUGUCCGCAAUGGGUUUUCGGUAACUCUUGUGGAGGAUUGCUUGGGGUUCCGCGAUUUUCAACGACACCAAGAAGCCAUGCGGCGUAUGGCGGAUAUCUUGGGAGCGACUGGUAUCACCGCUCGGGAGCUCAUUCAGGAGCUAGAUUGGGAUGAAACCGAGGCAAUUGCCCGUCAAGGCGCACCACAGCCGAAGAGGUCAGCAACUACCGCGGGCCUCGAAAGCGUCAUGGAUGGCCUGGAAUUCUGGAAUACCACGGAUACAUCUCCCACAGACUCUCGUGCUCCGGAGCCGAGCCUUUCGGAACUCGUUACUCUUUCUCGCGCCCAGCGCGCUACUGCUGCGCAGGCGAGGGGUCCAGUAGAAGAGCAAAAGAAGGUCCGCGCGCGAAUCCGCCGUCCAAAGCCCCGAGACGCUACACUAGCCGGGGGGACAAAUCAACAAUCUGCGGAUUCUCAAAUCAAGAUUGGGGAGGGAGACUCACGUCUCGUGACUAAUGUCGACCUGCCCGCAGACUCCUUUGAACGUAUACAGGCGGAGGUAGACUGGCAGAAGAUGUACCAUCUGUCCGGUCAGGUUCCCCGAUUGGUUGCAGUUCAGGGUGAGACUCGACCCGAUGGAGCCAUCCCCAUAUAUCGUCAUCCAGCAGACGAGUCUCCACCUUUCAAGCCAUUCACCUCCGCGGUUGAUGAAGUACGCAUCGCCGUUGAGCAGAUAAUAGGUCACCCCUUGAAUCAUGUGCUCAUUCAGCUUUAUCGUGAUGGACAGGAUCGCAUAUCAGAGCACUCAGAUAAGACGCUGGAUAUUAUGCGAGAGUCUUUUAUUUGCAACGUCAGUCUAGGCGCCGAACGCGUGAUGGUACUUCGUACCAAGACCUCAGCAUCCGAGCCCGAGGGAGACAUGGGACCAUGUCGGACAACGCAGCGUGUGCCGCUUCCUCACAAUUCACUUUUUGUGCUGGGCCCGAAGACGAACAUGCGAUGGCUUCAUGGCAUCCGGGCAGACAAACGGCCUACUGCCAUCAAAUCCACCGACGAACAAGCCUACGGCGGCCAGCGCAUUUCUCUUACUUUCCGUCACAUUGGCACUUUUAUCGAUCCCGUGGCCAACACCAUCUGGGGACAAGGGGCUGUCAGUAAGACAUCAGAUCAGGCCCACGCUGUCGUCCAUGGGGAUCCUGAUGACACAGCACGCCUCAUUAGUGCUUUUGGCCAGGAAAAUCGGGCCACCAAAUUCGAUUGGGAUACCGUGUACGGUGGGGGCUUUGACGUGGUCAACUUUGUGACUACAUCAACAGGGAAACUAUUACUUGGCUGUGAUCCUCUGGCCAAUAUGCGUGUGCGUCUCUGUCUUGGAGAAAAUGGCGUCCGGUACCGAUUGACCAACGAGCAUGAGCAGGGGCUCACACAACUCGCGGGGCAUCCCAUAUAUGAAACGCCUGAUGGAACAACAGUUGCAGGCGACUCUGUUAUCCUAAUGCACAUGGCCAACUUAUCUCCCGAAAUGUCACGGCCAGGCGUAGAUUCAUUACGCGGUGGCAGUUUCUUGUCAAUAAUUGACGAGUUUCUGAUUCACUGGCGUCAGCACCGUGCUACUAAUUCAGCUAGUAGGUUUGAAUACGGGAUUGAAGAUUGGGAACGUACUCUACAGGGACAACACUACCUAGGAGGUUCUGUGUUUACCAUCGACGAUUGCUCUUUAUGGCCUGUUCUGCGGGAAAUUGUACAAACCCAAGGUGCAUUCGAUGUUCGGUUCACGAGCGUGAAUCAAUAUUAUCACCGAGUCGAGAAUCGUGGCAUCAUUCGGUCUAUUCUGGAAGAAUGA